UCUUACCGCACCGUGUCCCCGAUUAAUUGCGAGAUAACUAUAUUUACUUUGCACUCUCAUUUUCUUAAAAAAAUACGCAAACGAAACUUUGAUUCAAAUCGCAAAACUAUACCAGAAACAAAUUGAGCGUUGAACGUAUCACAGCAGGCGCGGUCAGUUGUCUCGUUGAUCUUGUCCUUUCGAUAAAGUAUCUGAACCAUUGAUAACAUGAAUUUCGACAUCUCUUACAGUUUUAAUAAGCGCAGUGUUCCGUCUUGUCAAGGAGUCUUAGUUAGGAAUAGUAAACGAAGAGAUCGCUGAAAGGACGUGCAUUAAAAUUUAAUAGUUUUCGGUUAACAGUUUAAUUAAUCGGACUUACUUGAACUUUAAGAAAUCGUGAUCAACGAUUUAUUUUUAAGUGUACCACGUUCCUAUAUCAAGUUGUAUACAUUGGAAAUAUCACACGAAUUGUGCAUUCUCUUUGGAACAAGCGUCUUAAUUCUUAGGAAUUUUAAAUAUACAUUUGCAAUGAAGUCACUCUACUUAAACUUUCACCUACAAACACUACUUGUGUUCAUGAUCUGGACCAGAGUGUGCACAUCUUCUCCACACAUAUCCAAAAGAGACACGUUUCAGAAUUCUGGGAAUUCAGUUUUGCGUGGCUGGUCUCAUUAUGGAGGAUACUCACCGAACACUUAUCAACGCUACAAUGCAGCAAUAGUGCAUCCUAGUCCAAAGUUCAUCGCUGUGAGGCCGGAUCCCCAUAAUCCAAGUGGGAUAAAACGGAAGGAUACUUACGGCCCAACGACGACACCCACCUUCGGAAUGAACUUUAAGGGUUAUGCAGCUGUCCGUGAUUCCAACCAACUUCCGGGUGACAAGAGGAGGAGUGGCGGCGGCGGAGAUGGCGACGGGUGGGGAAGCGACGAUGGACCCGGCUUCGGGGAGACUUUCGCUGAUAUCAUUUCUGGGAAGUUGAACACAAUUACGAGCACGAUUACAGGGAUUAAGAAUACAGUGAAGGGAGUUAAGCGGGGGACGGCCAAGAAGAUUGCGAAUAAAAUUGAAGGCUUUGGGCAGUUCGUUACGGCCAUUACCUCAGGAACUGCAAAAAUACUUAAGAACAAAGGGGGGCAAAUGAGGCACAAAGGCUGGCAACAGAGUCCUGCAUCUGGCGGGGGUUGGUCUUCCGGAGGUGGCGAUGACAAUGACAACAAUAAAGGCGGUUGGUCCUCUGGCGACGGAAAAGGUGGGGGAAGCAGUGGGCGUGGGAACAGAGGUUCGACGAGGGGCGGAAACAACAAUGGUGCCGGAAAAUGGCGUGAUGAUGACAACGGGAAUGAUUCGGGCUGGUCCUCAUCAUCAGGUGGAGAGGGUGGAAACAGAAAUAACCAAGGGAAUCGGGGGCGUGAUGACGACGACGAGGACGAGGCUUGGGCCAAGUUGGCACAAUUGCUGAAAAUUUCUGGCGGUGGUGGAGGAGGUGGAGGAAACAGAUGGGGUGGCAGUAAUUCUGGUGGCUUUGGUGGGGGCUGGUCUGGUUCUUCAGGAGGUGGGAACAAUGGGGGACAAUGGGGUGGUGGGUCAAGUGGGGGACAAUGGGGUGGUGGGUCGAGUGGCGGACAAUGGGGUGGUGGCAACGCGGCUUGGAAUGGAAACGCGAACGGGGGUGGACAAUGGAACAAUCAACAAAUCAAUUCAUGGUGGCAGGGAGGAGGAGGAACAGGGGGAGGAGGACAAAACUCGUGGAAUAAAAACCCCUGGAACCAGUACGGGGGGCAGCAGCAACAAAAUCGCCAAAACCAGUAUUAUUUCAAUAACAACAAUAAUCCCCAACAAGGUGGCCUUUAUGGACAACAAGGCCAACAUCAUUAUGGUUGGAACAAUAACAAUCAGAAUCAGAAUAAUGGCCAAAAUAAUCAAAAUGCUUGGGGAGGCCAGCAAAAUAACAAUUGGCAGAAUGGGAAUAAUCAAAAUCAAAAUGGUCAAAAUACUUGGAAUCAGGGAAACAGACCUGCGCAGAAUUCUUGGAAUACGUCAGCUUCUCAACAUGGACACAAUCCUCAAAACGCUUGGAAUCAAAAUGGUCAGCAGAAUCAGAACAAUAAUUGGAAUACUGCAAAUCAGAAUCAGAACCAUCAGUCAGCCAACCCCCACGCACAGGCCCCUGCUCAAAACUGGAACAAUCAGCAGCAGAAGCCUGGAGGAGCGCGUGGAUGGCGGCCAUAAUAAUCAGAACUCUAGCCUUUGUGUAUGCAUCCUGAAAAUUGUGUAUGAGAAAAUUACAUGUAAAGUAAUUGCAUUUGUUAUUUAUUUUUGUUGUAAGUACAAACGUGAAAAUAGUUUCGUCAACGGAGAGUAAAUAAAUAUUUCUUCGUAUCCAUCCAG